AUGGAUCCUUCAACUGGCGCCUCAGGCCCAAACUCGUCCUCCACUGCCAGCCCUGGCACCGGCCCCAUCUCCCUCACCUCAAACAGCAUCCCCAUCAACUCCUCCAACGCCAUCAACAACUCCCCACCACAGUCUGGCUCUGCCCCUCAUGUCUCAGGGGCACACUCCAUCUCUGCCGCACAACCCCACUCCCUCCCCAAAAUGGAUCGCUCCGAAAUGAGAAAGGCAAAGGCCGUUAGCGACGCCAUUGACAAGGCCCUCCGCGCCGACAGGGAGAGGUUGCAAAAGGAACGGAGCGCAAAGCUUUUGAUCCUUGGCCCAUCUGAAACGGGCAAGACGACGGUUCUCAAACAGCUAAAGUUGCUUUAUGGUCGCAAGGGUCUGGAUGUGGAACGCCAAACAUACCGGAGGGUUGUCCAUCUGAAUGCGAUGAAGGCGAUCCAGGCGUUGUCAUACGGACUCCAAAAAUGCAACAUCCCGCUGGAAAAGUCUGAGAACAUUGUUCAUCUGGAGACGGUGAUGCGGCUGGAGACGACAUUGAAGCGGUACUCGAUCACAUCGAUUGGAUUCACCAACCCGGCCAUCCCCCGUAAGAUCACGGACGCAAAGGCGGAGACGGAUAUGUUUUUGGAUAUGGUUCCCGCCAUUAAGGCUCUCUGGGCAGACGACGGUAUCCAGGAAUGCUACCGUGUCGGAUCCAAUAUCAACCUCCAGGACUCAGCACAAUACUUUUUGGAUUCAGUAGAUCGUAUUGCAGAGCCAGACUACGUUCCCACAGACGAUGAUAUUUUGCAGGCACGCGUCAGGACCUUGGCCGUCUCUGAACACUACUUCAACAUUGACAGUGUUCUUUACAAGAUUUACGAUGUCGGUGGUCAAAAAUCGCUGCGAAAAUAUUGGGCUCCAUACUUCGAUGACGUCGAUGGUAUCAUCUUCAUGGCGGCGCUGUCGUCGUUCGACCAGUGCUGUGAGGAGGAUGAGCGGAUGAACCGGAUGAAGGAGUGUGUGGUGCUGUUUAACUCGGUCGCCAACCACAAGCUGUUUGCCGACACGGCGUUCAUACUGUUCAUGAACAAGAUCGAUGUCUUCCAGCGCAAGCUCGAUUCGGGGUCGUUGGUGAAGACACACUUUUCCGAGUAUGAUGGACCCAAUGAUUACGCCACCGCCUCGGCCUUCCUCCACAGUCGGUUCUUGCAGCAGUGCAAGGAUACCGCCAAGCAGAUCUAUACCCACUUUACCCAUGCCACUGAUACCAACCAGAUGAGGGUCAUUGUUGUGGCCGUGAACUCGAUCGUCCAACGGAUGAACCUUCGCAGUUCAGGGCUGUUGUAA